UUCACUCGCCGCCUUGCGCCCGGACCCGGAGCGGGAGCGCCGCGGAGCACGGCCGCGGAGGGGGCGCUGCGCUCGGGCUGCCCGAUGCGUGGACUACCUGCCGCCGCCGCUCGUGCAAUAUGCUGCAGCUCCGGAGCGUCUAAGCCGAGUCGCCACACCGCUGCCUGGGCUGGAUCACAGCGCUGCCUUUCCUUAUGAAGAAGACACAAACUUGGAUUAUCACUUGCAUUUAUCUUCAGCUGCUCCUAUUUAAUCCUCUGGUCAAAACUAAAGGGAUCUGCGGGAAACGUGUGACUGAUGAUGUGAAGGACGUUACAAAAUUGGUGGCAAAUCUUCCAAAAGACUAUAAGAUAGCCCUCAAAUAUGUCCCCGGGAUGGAUGUUUUGCCUAGUCAUUGUUGGAUAAGCGUGAUGGUGGAACAGUUGUCAGUCAGCUUGACUGAUCUUCUGGACAAGUUUUCAAAUAUUUCUGAAGGCCUGAGUAAUUAUUCUAUCAUAGACAAACUUGUGAAAAUAGUGGAUGAUCUUGUGGAGUGCACAGAAGGAUACUCAUUUGAGAAUGUAAAAAAAGCACCUAAGAGCCCAGAACUCAGGCUUUUUACUCCUGAAGAAUUCUUUAGAAUUUUUAAUAGAUCCAUCGAUGCCUUUAAGGACUUGGAGACGGUGGCAUCUAAAAGUAGUGAAUGUGUGGUUUCUUCAACCUUAAGUCCUGAUAAAGAUUCCAGAGUCAGUGUCACAAAACCAUUUAUGUUACCCCCUGUUGCAGCCAGCUCCCUUAGGAAUGACAGCAGUAGCAGUAAUAGGAAGGCCUCAAAUUCCAUUGGAGACUCCAACUUACAAUGGGCAGCCAUGGCAUUGCCAGCAUUCUUUUCUCUUGUAAUUGGGUUUGCUUUUGGAGCCUUAUACUGGAAGAAGAAACAACCAAAUCUCACAAGGACAGUUGAAAAUAUACAGAUUAAUGAAGAGGAUAAUGAAAUAAGUAUGUUGCAAGAGAAAGAGAGGGAGUUUCAAGAGGUGUAAUUGUGGCUUCUAUCAACACUGUUACUUUUGUACCUUGGCGGGUAACAGUUCAUGUUUGCUUCAUAAAUGAAGCAGCUUUAAACAAAUUCAUAUUCUGUCUGGAGUGCAGACUGCAUUUUUAUCUGUUCUUGCUACCCAUGACUCUAUAUGGAUGAUUCACAAAUUGGAACAAAGUGUUUUACUGUGAAACUGGCACUGAAUUAAUCAUCUAUAAAGAAGAACUUGCAUGGAGCAGGACUCUAUUUUAAGGACCUGGGGGACUUGUGGUCUCAUUUAGAACUUGCAACCGAUGUUGGGAGAGAAAGCACGCGUCCCAGACUGCAUGCACCAUUUUGUAUGCCUCCAGAAGUGUCUAAUUGCUGAAAAGCCACAUAGCUUUAUUUUCAGUUACAACCUGCAGUGCAUAGUUAUCUUGGUCUCUGCAAGUAGAUUUCAUCCUGAAUAGUGGAGAGGUAAUAAUUUUUCUUAAAGGGAUCUGGAAAAACAUUUAAAAACAAAUGAUAGCAUCAACAACUCUACAUGUAGAAAGCAGUGGAAACAAAAUGAUUAGAGUAGGCAGCAUGUCAGCCUUGUAGAUGCUAAUGGUCUGGGUCUGAUCUCAGUCUCUUCUCAACAUAAACCUACAUCCCACUAGACAAAUGGACAUGGUUAGCUGGAUCUAUCCAUGCCUGGGAGCCAGUACUGAAUU